AUGCACGUCACCAACUCCAUCCUCGCCGGCCUCGUCGCCAUUGGCCAGGUCUCGGCCUCGCCCUGCUCGCCGUGGGUUGUCAAGCCCAUCAAGAAGAUUGAGCUCGGCCCGCGUCCGUACUACCUCGUCGAGAGCCUCGCGCCGGGCCCGCUCAAGGCCAAGCUCAGCUCCUGCACCGAGCGGGAGAUGAAGCCGAGCACGUGGUCCAUCGGCCACCGCGGCGGCGGCACGCUCCUGAUCCCCGAGGAGUCGCGCGAGUCCAUCCUGGCCGGCGCGCGCAUGGGCGCCGGCAUCCAGGAGUGCGACGUGAGCUUCACGAAAGACCGCGAGCUGGUGUGCCGCCACAGCCAGUGCGACCUGCACACGACGACCAACAUUGUCACCAUACCGGAGCUCAACGCCAAGUGCAAGACGCCCUUCCAGCCGGCGGCCGGCGGCAAGCCCGCCAAGGUCGAGUGCUGCACCAGCGACCUGACCGUCGACGAGUACCGCUCGCUGUGCGCCAAGAUGGACGGCUUCAACGCCACGGCCACGACGCCCGAGGACUACCUGCACGGCACGCCCGCGUGGCGCUCCGACCUGUACGCAACGUGCGCCAAGGUCAUGACGCUCGAGGAGCACAUCACCCUCGUGCAGUCGCUCGGCCUCAAGUUCACGCCUGAGAUCAAGACGCCCAUGGUGCCGAUGCCGUUUGAGGGCGACUACACGCAGGAGGUCUUUGUGCAGCAAAUCAUCGACACUUUCAAGAAGAACGGUGUCGCGCCCGAGGACGUCUGGGUGCAGAGCUUCCUCUACUCGGACAUUCUGUGGCUGCUCAAGAACGAGCCCGACUUUGGCAAGCAGGCCGUCCUGCUGGACCAGAGCGGCGACAAGCCCGCCACCGUCGAGAUUGCCACGGCCAACCUCACCACCUACGCCGCCGACGGCGUCAAGAUUGUCGCGCCGCCCAUUGCGUACCUCGUCACGGCCGAGGGCGGCAAGAUUGUCGCGAGCGAGUAUGCCAAAAAGGCCAAGGAGCUCGGCCUCAAGAUCAUCACCUGGUCGCUGGACCGCUCCCCGCCCGUGGCCCAAAUCAAGGCCAGCGGCGACUACUACUACGACAGCGUCAGGGAUCUGCUCAAGACGGACGGCGACAUUUACACGGUUCUUGAUGUUCUCUGGCAGCAGGUUGGCGUUUUCGCCGUCUUUUCGGACUGGAGUGCCACUGCCACUUUCUACGCCAACUGCUUCGGCAUCGACGUCUAG